AUGAAAGGAAAGAAGAAGACUCAAGCCGUCUUUGCGAGUAACUCGAGUAGGAAGGCAGAAUAUGAUGCCUUGAAGGAAGAAAACGAGAAGCUGAGGAGACUGCUUGAAGAAAGUAAGAAUUCGUCGAAGAAGAGAAAGCGGGACGACGAAGCGCCUCAGAUGGAGAUUGCUGAGCCAAAGACAAAGCAAAAGUCCAAAGUUGCAAUCAAGAAAGGGGCUCAGGCGUCGGAGAGCAAGGGUGGGAAGAGCAGCACUAUCAAGGCUGCUUCGGGCUCGAAUGCGAACUUCAUGAAGAUGAUCGAGGAGCAGGGGCUGCUUGAAGGCAACAAAGGGAGUCAAGAUGCUCUGGAAAGGGACAAGAAGGAGGUGGAAGAGCUGAUGGAGAAGCUGGGGCCCAGCUGGAAGGCGGAGCUGCAGGAGGACGGGCUGGCGGAUUUCUUUGAGUCCCUGGACCAUCUCGACGAGGACUCUGGCCUGGAGGAUGAGCAGAAGGAGCCGCAGGCAAAGAAACCGAAAAGUGCGGCAAAAGGCACGGGGAAGAGCAAGGGGAAGAAGCAUUGA